AUUAAUAGCAAGAAAUUGUUAAGGGGCAAAAGUAGAAUUAUUUAAUGAAAGAAAUGGGUAGAAGUUAAGAAGAGCAACAAGUAACCAACAAACAUCAAACAGAAAGCAGUUCUAAGGGGCGACGCGGAUUGUCUUCUUCCAUGAGCUAUGGCGAACUGCGUAUGGACGCCGACGCCUCAUCCAACGGUUACUCCGCGCUCUGCCGACUCCGUUUCGUCCCGGCGUUUGGUGCGCCUCUGCAACUUAACGUUUACGCGUACUCUUCGCCCCUCCCUCGCUAGAAACGGUAGCUCCAACCGUCGCAUCGGAAUAUGUUGCAGUUCGGACGGGGGAGGCGGCCAGAACCAAACGGAAACAACUGGAAUUCAGCUCUACAGAGACAUCGAGAGAGUACUUACGGAAACUGUGAAGCAAUCUCAAGAAGGUUGGGGUAGUUCAGGAGAUUGGAGUGAAAUCGAGGGUGCAUGGGUAUUGAGACCAAGAAAAUCCAAGAUAACGUCAAUCGUACAUUUUAUUGGUGGCAUAUUUGUGGGUGCUGCUCCACAGCUUACUUACCGCUUGUUCCUGGAACGUCUUGCGGAUAAGGGUACAUUAGUUAUUGCCACACCUUAUGCCAGUGGUUUUGAUCACUUUCUCAUUGCUGAUGAAGCACAAUUUAAAUUUGAGAGGUGUCUACGGUCUCUCAGAGAAACAGUUGAAGACGUGCCCUCUUUUGGCAUUGGUCAUUCUCUGGGAUCCGUCAUUCAUCUUCUGAUAGGCUCAAGGUAUGCUGUGCAGAGAAGUGGAAAUAUACUAAUGGCAUUCAAUAACAAGGAAGCGAGCCUAGCUGUUCCACUGUUUUCACCAGUUCUGGUGCCAAUGGCCCAAAGCUUUGGACCACUUUUAUCACAACUAGUGUCAUCACCAACUGUUCGCCUUGGGGCUGAGAUGACGAGGAAGCAGUUUGAGAACCUUAGCCCUGCCAUUUUGAAGCAAGUUCUUCCUCUGGUUGAGCAACUUCCUCCACUGUACAUGGACUUGGCCAAUGGGAGGGAAGACUUUUCCCCAAAGCCAGAAGAAACUCAACGAUUGAUAAGAUCUUACUAUGGCAUCUCGAGAAAUCUAUUGAUAAAAUUCAAAGAGGAUAGCAUCGAUGAAACUCCAAGACUAGCCCAGAUCCUGAGCUCAGAAUCCGCUAUCAGUUCGAUGCUGGAUAUGUCCAUUCGUUCAUUAGCUGGUGAUCACGGUCUUCCACUACAACAGGUUUUGCCGGAUGUCCCUCCCGGAAUGGCAGACGCAGUGAAUCGUGGAGGAGAGCUUUUGGCAAAUUUAACAGCCGGAACACCUUGGGAGGCAGUCGCCAAAGAGGUGGGCAAUACAUUCACUCCAGACUCAACUAUUUUCCGGGCGCAAAACCCUAAAGAAAUCGAUCUGCUUGUGGAUGUCAUUACUAGCUGGAUGGCCUCCAACUGUGGCCCAAAGCUUCUAAACCAAUAAACUACAUACCUAAUGUUAUGAUUUCCUUGUAUAGUGUGGAUACACAAACGCGUGUUUCGCUCAAAAAAGACACGAUGCAUCAUAUAACUAUUUAUGCUAUAUCAAUGUACAAAACAGAAACCACAAUGUUUUUUAGGAUUUUUAAGGGAGUAUAACCCAACUAACAUCGCAAGGGGAGUGAAGAAGUGCCAUGAUUGAGUUUA